AUGCAAGAUCCUAACGAAGACACAGAAUGGAACGAUAUCUUACGCCAAAAAGGCAUUUUACCACCAAAAGAAGAGCCAAAGGAGGAAGAAGUGGAAAUAGCCCCUCCUGACAAAAAUGUCGUCUCUCCUGAAGGAAAACCUUACCAGGAAAUGAACAUGGACGAGCUGGAUGAAUUUGAAGAUGAUCUAGACGAGCAAUUUUUCCUAGAGUACAAGCGAAAACGAUUGUUAGAAAUGCAAGAAACGGUAAAGAGGUCACAAUUUGGUGAUCUCAGAGAAAUUUCAGGACAAGACUAUAUUCAGGAAGUUACCAAAGCUGGAGAAGGCAUCAAUGUAGUCCUUCACCUAUACCAAGCAGGAAUUCCAUUAUGUAAAUUAAUCAACAAUCAUCUAUCAACCCUGGCUCAAAAGUUUCCCGAAACCAAGUUUCUUAAAAGUAUUUCUACAACUACUAUUCCGAAUUAUCCAGAUAAAAACCUCCCGACUAUCUUUGUUUACAACAAUGGAGAAUUAAAGGGGCAAUUAAUUGGACCUUUUAGUUUUGGAGGCAUGAAACUCACUAUCGAUAGUUUAGAGUGGAAAUUGGCCCAGUUUAAAGCUAUUAAGAGUGAUUUAUCUGAAGAUCCUACAGCUGCAAAUCAAAUUCGUGAUGUUAUGUCGGACUCUCUACGUAAUCAAAAUGAUGAUGAUGAUGAUGGUGACGACUAA